GGUUCGGCCAGAACCGGCCAGAAAUGUGAGAUCUGUCGGCAGUGAGCGAUCGAGGCGAUAUAUAGUUCCCAAACUGAAGCGGAGGAAAACGCAUUCUUCCCUCGGCAAUUAUUUAUUUAUUUUUUUUUCCGUUUAUUUCGCGAUUCCCCCGGAAAAGUGCAGUGAAGUUUCCACACUUUCGAAACCAAUUUCAAAACCAUUUGGCCAAUUUUUUUUUUUUUUUUGCUCUACCAAUCAGUGCAAAAAAUUUAAAAAAAUUAAUAAAAAAAAAUAAAGGAAAAGUGCUUAAUGAAGAAAAGCAGAUGCCACAGUGUAAUUGGAUUGUUGGGAUAACUGGCGCGGAAAACUCGCGGAAAAUGAUGUGGCCUGCCGACGCGAACUGAAAAACUGAAAAAAAAUUUUAAAAAAAAAAAACAAAUAUUUAGAGGAUCUUUGAACGAAAUCGAAAGGCAAACACGAGCGGAGGAUAGACUGAGAGAAAAAACGAGUGAUUUUAGCGAAAAUACAAUGAUGCCGCCAAGACUGCCGGUUAGGCCAGCAGCGAAAACGAAACCAUCGACGACGAGUAGAAUAAGCCAGGACAUAGACCACAUCCACAUCCACAUCCACCAGGACACAGAAGCCCCAAUGCCACCACACACAACGUUUCACAAGCGCCGGCGAAGGCGAGAUCCCCACCAGCAGAGUCCAGAUCCAACCCAUAGCCCACGAUCUGAGUGGCGGAGCCGGAGAAGCUGGUGCUCUCCGGGAGUGUGUCUGGCUCUGAUCCUCCUCUCCACAGCCUGCUCCGUGCUGGGAGCCAGCUCAGAGUCAGCGGGCACCUCCACCACCAUCUCCUCCGCCGAACAAACAGACCUGGCUGUCACCGAGCCGGACGACUCGACGGGCAUCCAGCCAUCCGCCGGCGGUUGUGCCCCCCAGCACUGGUGGGACUCGAAUAGAAACAGGUGUAUACCCUGCACCAGGUGCCAGGACGAAAUGAUACCACUGCGUCCUUGUCAGCUGCACACGGACACCAUCUGUGGCUCCAUCUACGACCUGAAGAUCGACUGGGUGGUGCUGGCCAAGACAGAGCCCAACUGGAAGGAGCGCCGAAAGUCCUCCGAGUAUGAGCACCUGGAGCAUGCCAAGCACCUGCAGCACCUGACCCACGAGCAACUGCAGCAGCUCCACGAGGAGGCGAGUGCCGCCGCCUGGGCGCUCGACUGGCAGACCGGUGUCCUCUAUGCCGCCGUUCUUACCUGCCUGCUCUUCUUCUCCGUCGCCGCCUGCAUCCUCAUCCACCACAUGCGCCAAUGGCGCCGCAUGGAGCGUCGUCUGGAUCAGGAUGUGGAGGAGCUGUCCACGAAGCUGAUGGCGAAGCUGGCGGAGGUGCAGAGCCUGGAUGGUGGCACCUUCUUCAUUGGGAAUGCGGACGCCUUGCGGGGAUUGCCCGCCUCGGCCAUCCAGGUCGGGCAUCCAGAUUCCGGGCAGGCGGCGCAGUCGGGUAUCUUCCAGCCGCAACACGUGCUGCUCCCUGAGAAGCGAGGAAAGCACCAGGAGCGACGGAUCCUGAAGACCCUUCAGCCGGGAAAUGUCUACAUCGAGGAGAGCAACGGGGGUAUGGGCGGGGGAUUUGGAGGGGGCAUGGGCAUGGGCAUGGGCAUGGGCCCCAAGGGCUAAAAAAAAAGGGGGUUAGGGGGUAAUACUUAAGGAGUGCCAGGAUAUCGGAAAAAACUUUUGUACAAAGAGCCGCUUAAAUCAAAAAAAGAAAUUAAAACGAAACCAUGAAGCCGAAACUAUUAUUAUAAUUAUUUAAAUAUUAUUAUUAAAUAUUAUUAUUAAAUAAUAUUAUUCUAAUAUUACGAAACAUUUUUUUUUUUUUGUCCUUAUAUAUAUAAUAUGAAUCGUUAUGUUGACUUGUUUGUAAUAAUGAAGGAAUUACCAGAACCCCCCUCGAAAAAAUUUAAAAAAAAUCAAUGGCGGCAGUGGAAUGUUUUUUUGUAAAUAGAACGAUUUUUUUUUAGGACGGGGCUAUUACAUAAAUAUGGAUUACAACUGCUACGAUUAACAAUUCUACUUAAUGUAAAUAUUAAGGCGAUCGAAACGAGAACAAGACCAAGUAAUAUCGGCAACAUAUCAGCCUCUAUAUACACCCACACUUUGACCCCAACUACUGGACUACUGUUCGGGGGCUAAAUCGUAUUAACUGUAAUAGUAACGGUAAAGCUAAAGAUAGAACUAAUUACGAUAUCGAUAAAUAAUGCAUAACUUAUAAUGUUAGAUUGAGAAAUGUCUAUAACCUAAGUGCUCUAUCACUCUGUGCGAAGAACAAUAAAAACUUUCAUGAAUAUGCGAA